AUGACCACGCCGGUCAAAGACGUCGUUGCCGGCGAGCCUGACACUGGUCCGUCCCUACCUCCGACGCCAAAGUCGGGCCUCUUCUCUGGGGCAUCCCUGAGGCGAAUUGGGAGCAAGUUGAGCGCAAGCAGCUUGUCUCCUAAGAGCCGCAAAGGGUCCCCAGAGAGGAGUGCCCUGACGAGGCUAGGGGGAGGGCACGUGAUCUCGUCACCUCUGCCGUUGAGAGUGCGACGAGGCUCGCUAAAGCCUCUUUCUAUUGUCACCACGGCCUUUCACCCUCUGGAUUUUGAUCCAGUGCGAGUCUUGGAAGCGGCCAGAGACGUCGCCCUCCCUCCCUCCCCUUCCCCCCCUUCUCCGUCCAAACUGGACGUUUCGACCAUGGCUGGUGAAAAGCCAAGAAAGCGUGCCAUCAUCGACAACAUGGAGAUGUUUGGCAAGCAGGUUGAGCCAUUCCCGCAACUUCCUUUCGCGAGAAAGAAAGAGCGUGACUUUGACGAGGAGACAAUCAAGCCUGCCCGUUCUUACGCCCGUCUCCCGCCGCCGAUCCCGUCUCAAGAAGCCAUGGCUCGCUCAAGUGCACAGAGAUCAACCAGUUUUGGCAUUGAACGAAACCAGAAUACUGAGAGGGUCAUCACUGGCAACUUUGCUUCCCUCCUCAACCUCCCUCCACCAACCUUGAAUCAACACCCGACCACUCAAUCCGACCCUAAUUCGGCCAAAAGUGACGCACCAUUGAUGUUUACAACUUCCACCGCAGAUGAAAUUCGAGCGUGGGCAACCCAAAAGCAUCAGCACGAGGGAGUGCGAGAAAUUCGUCCAAGAAUCAACACCAAUCCAUACCAAGUUCCUGGCAAUGCUUUCUCUCAGCCUGCUGUCAACACUUCCUCUUCCCCCCAUUCUGCUCAUACCACACCAAGCCGUACUUCCAAACCUACGGGUCUCCGAAAGAACCAAAUAGCAAGUCCGCUUAGCAAGUACGGAAACGCUAGCGAAGUUACUCUAACUGCUACUACCCCUGGACGCAAGAGCUCAGACACAAACGGCCUGAAGAGCAAGAUGUCACGUCUGCAGAUUGAUCGCGAUAAUCAGGAGACUGAUAUUUUCGAUAUUCUCGCUGAAGGUUCUCCUUCAGAUAUCAAAGCAGUACCGAAAACUCCAUCUGGCAGUCAGUCUGGGUUCAAGACAACCAGCGAAUUCGAACACAGAAAGACAGGAUUGCGUAAAGUGUCUGCCAUCUUCAAACCCAAGUCUGCAAGUGAGAAGAACGCCCCAGACAUCUUCAGCCAAGUGGAAAUCCCCAACUUUGACGGCAGUAAUUGGUAUCGACCUGAUCUUGAACUCUUCCUCCGCCGCACGUUGAACUGUUGGUCUCGUGACUACAAUGGAGGAGAUCCGAAGCCAAGACACCCCAACACUGGUAAAGGAUGGUACUCUCGCAACUUGAAAUGCACUACUUGUUUGGAGAAUUGUUGCCCAAUCUGUGACCGAGCAUGCUGUGCAUACAGAUCUGCUGUCCUAGCGCUUGGAAAUCACAAGAACAACACUAAGACCUUGAAAAUCGCCGAGGAACGCAUGCACCAGAUCACCACAGUUUUCCCAUAUGGAAGAGAAGUUUCAACAUUCCUCCAAUGCACUGAAGGCGAUGAAACCGGAUGCGGCAAAAUGAUCUGUCCUGAUUGCUGUGGCCAGUGUCCCACCGAUAUCUGCAAAGAUGUCCAAUGCCGUCGUUGCAAGAAGGACCCGUGGGCCAUUUGUGACUGGCACGAUGAGGAGGCAAACCUGAAGGCUUUGUAA